AUGUGUACUGAUCCCGAGCCGAAAGGUCGUAUCCUCCUACAGGAUGUCACGCAUGUUGAACCAGUUGAAGACGCGAAGGCAGUGUUCAGGAUAAAAACGGGACAAGAUGAAAUUCAAUUACAGGCACCGAGCGUAUGCGAAAUGAACGAAUGGAUCGUUCAAAUCCAGAAACAACGAAAGAGGCAGUUACUGAUCGCGAUGCGCAGCACUGAACCAACCGAGAUAUUCGAGAUAGACGUUGAACGAGAGCUGGAAGCCGUUCACAUGACGUUCUACCAGAAUGCCGAAACACUGAAACAUUGGAAGAAUUUCUUCGAAGGCACUGAAAUACCACAAGGCGAAGCACCUUUUCCGAGAGCUCUUCAAGACUUGCUGAACGAAAGCGAAAAUCCAGAAGGAGCACGAACGUGUAUGUUGUCAACAAUCGAGGACGUGCUGCAUGGCACAUUAAUGAUCGAAAAGGCGCAUCGCGACAUCAUUGAUAAAUUCAUGAAUCAGAUACGUGACGGAAAAGGAACACGUGAAUUACCGAUUGGAGACGAUAAUUAUUUACUGCUGAAGUCACGUCUACAGCAAAGGAAUCUCGAUUAG